GGGGAUCGGAUAAACGAGACUCAGACGCUUCAAGAACUUUGGAGCGGCCAGUUCGGGCAGUGCUCGACCCCGGGGAGUCCUCGCUUGGCCUCGGGACCGUCAGAAACCGACUCGGGAGGAAAAGCGGGAGGUGGUCCAGACCUCCAGGGCUCACGCAUCGAAGAAAUCGGAGUUGCCGGAUGUCUCGGCACGUAUGGCGUUCGUAGAUCGACGAAGAUUUGAAAAUGUCGGGAAUCCUGUGAUCUGUGCAUAUCGGGGCCCCCUCAGAAGGGAAAAAACACCCACACACACACACAGACACAAUGAAUCGCCGCGUUCCCAGAAGAUAUGUGAAGUGGGGGGGAGACAAAAACCCAGAACAUAUGGGAAAAGAUGCUGAAUCCUGUGAUCUGUGCCUCUCGGGGCCCCCUUCCAGGUCUACGGCUUCGACUGCCGCUGCGGGCGCUGUGCGGCCGCCGCCCCGCUGAAGUGACGAGGGGCGGUCUGCGGCCUCGGCUGCCGCUGCGGGCGCUGUGCGGCCGCCGCCCCGCGGACGUGACCCAAAGGGGGGGCGCGGCCGCGGCGCGGCCGGCGCGGGCAGGCCUCGCCCGGCCCUGGGCGGGCCGCCGCUCGUGUGAAGUCGGG